CUUAGUUCAGGAGUUCUCAGUAAUGGAGGAAGAGGAUGAAUGUCCAGAGUUAGUUCCCAUUAAGGAGAAGUCAACUGGACCCACAGCUCAGAUACCUGUUACCAUCAUCACUGGAUACUUGGGUGCUGGAAAGACAACACUUUUGAACUACAUAUUAACAGAGCAACAUAAUAAACGAAUAGCUGUCAUUCUUAAUGAAUUUGGUGAAGGCAGUGCUCUGGAGAAGUCUUUAGCUGUCAGUCAGGCAGGAGAGCUGUAUGAGGAGUGGCUGGAGCUGAGGAACGGCUGCCUGUGCUGCUCUGUGAAGUAA